CUUUGAUCAUCAUCACAACAAAUACAAAACAGAGAUAUCCAUACCCGUAGUACCUGCUAUUCUUCAAAAAAUUUCAUCAAUUUGCAUCUCAUCUCAAUGUGUAUAAGUUCAACAGUUAGAGUUGUGGUGAACCUGAUGGAUUCGACCUAAGUGUGCUAAUUUAGUAGGAUAAUGGAAAAGAUUUACUACAGCAGCAAAUUUUUAUAUAAUGCACUGCAUUGUAGUAGUGACAAAUUAUGGUAGGAGAUGGAAAUUUCAAUUGAAAUUUAAUUAUAUCGAAAAUGAUUUUAAAAAAAAAUAUUUUUUUAUUUUGCAAAUCUACUAGUUAAUAAGUUUCACAUUUCAGUCCUAGAGAGGAUAUGCAUUAUAUAUAUAUAUUAUUUUACUUUAGGCAACUCCUCGUCUUAUGGAACCUUAUUAUUUUGUUGAAGUUGUUGCUCCAGCUGAUUGUGUAUCAGCUGUUUAUACAGUACUUUGUCGUCUUUGGUGCGUAUUCUUUUGUCUUUUUCUUUUUGUUUUUGGUUAA